AGGUACAUAUCUUUUCCAUCUUGUCCAAUUCUUCGUUUCCCGCGUGUGAAGGUGCGUUUGUUCGUGGGUUUUUUUUUCGACUUUUCAGGUUAACGGUGGCCCUCCGCACGGUGAGAGAGGCCUCUUCUUUUCUCUUGUGGACCUGCCUGUCGCACCGCCGUUGUUCCACACUCGUCACACAGAGGCAUACACUGCCACCUCUGCACCUUUGGUUUCUUCACCAGCUUUUAUUGUUAUUACUAAUGCCACUUUCACUAUAACUGUUUCUCUUUCUCACACGUGUGCUGUUUUCGCUCUCGAGUACAUUCGCUUUUUCUUUUUUCAACUUUUUUUUCUCCUCUGCUGUCGACACGCGCGUGCUGUUGUUCAAAAAAAAAUAUCUCGCCAAUACACCGCCGUCCUUUCUGAUGCAUCUCUUCUUUCUCUUCGGUCUGCCUCCGCAAAAAUGGAUAAAACAACGGACGUGGACGCAUUGACUGACCGUCCUUCUCCCUCUCCCUUCUCUGCGACGGCGGCAGAUGUCGCUGCGGCACCUCGCGAAGUAGCCGGUGCGAGAAGCUCUCCCAUGAGUUCGCGAACGGCGGUGACCGGCGGCUCACCCGCGGCCGCGUCGACGACGAACGGCGCCCACCAUGGGACGGCGGUCCCGCCACCAAACGCGACGGCAACGAGGCAGGAAAUCUCUUCUGCGUCUUCUGACUUUUUCAAACUCUUGAAUCAGCAGAAGGAGUCACUGAUGGCGCUCUUCAACAGCAGCGAAAAGAAAGAAAGCACCCAGACUACCGCUAACGCUCCUUCAUCUUCACCGAGCUCGGUGAACGAAGUGCCGACCGGCGGAUCACCGUGCUCCGCCACACCUGAGAGUAACAGCGCCGUGCUGAACGAUGCUGCAACGCAGAUGUCAGCACACACCGCGUCAGUGACACAGGCAAAUGUGGAUGCCCCUCCUCCCGCCUUCAGCGAUGACCACUCCGUCGAAGACUUCUUUUCUUGCUUUGCCAUACCAGGUACGUAUACAGAUGCGGACACCGUCCUCGAGCGUCACGCUGCCCGCCUGGGUGCGACAGAACCUACUCACGACACUCCGUUGAAGACUGCUGCCGAUGCCGCGGCUUCCACUACUGAAGCAACGACUUCGCCUGUUCUGCCAAGUCACGUCCAUCAGCUGCGACCCACGCAGUUCUUCGUGCCCACUCUGUGUGAAGUGUGCCGAAGGACGAUGCUAGACACGAAGGUGUGGCCGCCUCCCUCGUCCUCUGCCAAGGCGGCCCCCUCCUUCUUUUCCAAGCUGCUGCGGUCCCCGACCACCGAACCGCUUCCGGCAACACACGCGUCUACGUUAAGCGCUGAAGCGCAGAAGAUGUUUGCCACACCAUCAUCAACAACAGCGGCGACUACUGCGGCCUCUCCGGUGCAGCAGCCGUUCCUUGGCUUUGGGUCAGAGGGGUACCACUGCGAUGUGUGCGAUGUGGCGUUGCACCUGCAGUGUUUACGGACGAUGCGAGAGACGCAGGCGUGUGAGGUGCUCGCCCCUGCAGCCCACGCCAUACCCGAGGCGACGGCGAAGACAGAUGCAACGUCGUCAACUACCAACGACAAUAGCAGCAGCAGCAGCAGCUCCUUUACGUGGGACAGCGCCAAGGCGCUGCUGGGGGGCUACCUGGACCCGAACGGCGGCGCCUACAGCCGCAAGGACGCAAAUGUGAGGUUUGUGCUGAGUGGGGUGUUUGGGCUGCUCGACACGGUGGCCACUCGCUACCCGAACUUAACGCCGCUGACGUUUGUGAAGCGUCGGCAGGCCAUUCAAGAUCUCAGCGAGGCCCAUCAGGUGCUCUACGCGGCCUGCACCUCCUCUUUGCAAGACUCGGAGCUUAUGCAGGCCAUUUCGUGGGACACGAUUCGGGACAAGGAGACGCAACGCACCGCCGGCAGCAAAAACAAAAACCAGAGAAGGCACGGGGAUGACGCAGACGAUGACGGGGCGGCGGCAGCAGCAGCGGAGCAGCUCCCUUCUGUGUCCAUGCUCACACGUGAGAUGCGGUCCCUCAAGAUGGACACCUCCCUCCUCUCCCAACUCACCUCCAGCCUUACAGGCACCACUAUCAGUCCCGCAAACAAAAGCAGCAACAGUACUGCACUCAACCUUAACAGCUUUCUGCCAGGAUUUGCGAAGCUUCGAACCGAAGAACCCAUCGGACGUGGCGCGGCCUUUCCAGUGCAGCUGCUGCUGUGGCGAGCGUUGCGCUACGCGACCGCUGUCUACGGCGAAGUCUACCGCCGCGGCAGCCUCUCCUCCACCGUCUCCGCUGCCCUUCUUUUCACGGUCAACCGCAGCAGCGUCAACGUGUCGAAGACGGCGAACGACGCGGCGGUGACCGCGCUGCUGGAGCUGCCUGCGUCCUCGCUGAGGCUCUCACGCUGGGCCUCCAAGGCAACCGAGCCGAGCUACGUGCUGCUGGUCGAUCACGGAUUGGGCCACAUCGUUGUUGCCUUUCGCGGUACGCUGAACACGUACGACAUCAUGACGGAUUUGGCAGCGGUCGGUGUGCCGUUCUGUGGGGGGUAUGCCCACCAGGGGGCAGCGCACGUGGUGAACGCCCUCUUCGAUCACCGCGCCUCGCAGCGCGCCACGGGGCAGCCGUUGACUCCCGCCACAGCUGCAGCGGCGACGACGACGAGUGCCACCACCACCACCACCACUAAUACGACGUCCCCGCCGUCAUCUUCUUGCGUUACAGCGACAGAAGGGGUGGAGGUCAAAAAUGAGAAGGACAGCACGGGGAAGGUCAGGGUCGUCCUCAAGCCGUACGCACUGCGGGCGCUCGAGACCCCUGACGGUCUUCUGGACGGCCUUGAGCAGCUCGCGGAGGAGUACCCGACCUACUCGAUUCUCGUCACGGGGCACUCGUUGGGCGGAGGUGUGGCGGUGCUCUUCGCGACCCGACUGCACCAUGAUCGUGCCUUGCGCGAGUCGUUGCUGCGCCGCAUUCAUGUCAUCGCGUUCGCACCGAUGCCCACGCUGUCGCUGCCGGCCGCGUCGUGCUUCGAUGGUGUGAGCUGCGAGUUGGCCGACGGGGGUGUCAGCCGCACGCCUCCUCCGUCGAAUCCGCGACAGCAACAACAAGCGGAUAGGGUGUGCGUCGGCGACAGUUCGCCGCAGCUGACGCACGCCACCGCCGGCACAUCGUCCACAUUCUUUCAACCUUCUUUAUCUUCCUCUUCUUUUACGCCAGCUGAGUCACGCGACGGCGUUCGUCAGGCGUGUUUCCCCGUGUGGAGUGUCGUGAACGGCUUUGAUUGCGUGCCACGGCUCCAGGUGAACACGAUUGAUCGCUUGCUGCGCCAGAUCAUCGGACCACAGGUUGCGGCGAGAGCCACUACCUCCUCCACGGCUGGUCAGCCACAGCAGCAGCAACAACAGAAGACGCAGCCGCCACAGAAGUCUUCGUCUCGUGCCACCGCGGCGAUGAUGCGCCAACGGUGCCGCGGCGAGGGCCGAGACGGUGCGUGGACAGAGGAGAACACCGACGCCGCUGCGGUGGAAAUGCAGGAGAUACCCACGAGGUGCGCAACGCAAGACACGAAUGAAAGAGCCGUACCGGCCGAGGUGCGCGCAGCCACCGCAGCGAUGGCCACCUCCUUCGAUGACGAAACUAAGUCGAAGGCGGCGGUUGAACUUCAUGGACUUUCGCUGUUGGCUUCUUCGUUUUCGACCACUACGGGUGCUCAAGCGACGAGGGAAGGUGUCGCGUUAGGCGGUGCAACGACGGCGGCGACGGCGGCAGACAGCGCCAGCGCAGCAGCCAUACUACCCGGUUGUGGAACGAGAGCUGCGAAUGCAGCGCCACCGGCGGCUGCAGCAACGACAUCGGCUUCAAGCAGCACGGAAUGCGCACGCACACAGCAAAAGUAUCACGACGAACCGGCCUGGGUUAGCGAUGCGCGUGCGGGGUUCGCCCCUUCAGCGGUACAGCAAAAAGAUGUGGUGGUGAAGGACCACCGCGCAUCUGUGAGAGCGGAGGAGGGGACGUCGGCGUGUGCUGACUCCGAUCCAGUGCCUACUGCUGCCGCAGAAGGUGGCACAGACGCACCGGCGGCCAAUUCCGCUGAUGCAUGCGGCGAGCACGAUCUGUCACACGAGCUGCAUCAUCCAGGCCGUGUCCUGCUGCUGACUUCACCGUGGGAGACAACGCAGAAUCGCCUGGUCGACGUGCCGCGAGGUCAUCCGGUCAUGCACGAGUUCUUUCUGAUGAAGUACAUGCUGCUGCAGCACACCGUGGAUGCGUACUGCGGGUCACUGGCGGAGAUGCACCGCCAACAAAAAAAGUUGAAGCGUUGA